CUCACAGACGCCCACUGCCACCCAACCGAUGACCCCACCCUCUCCUCCGGCGAUCCAAAUGGUGCCCAGAAGCUCGCACAGCGUCUGCAACAGAUUCCAUUGGAGGGAGCGUGUGCUAUGGGUAGCUGUACUGAGGAUCAAGUUCUGGUGAGGAGGCUGGCGGAAGAGAUGCACAAGAUGCAGCUCAGACCUUGCUUUGGCUACCAUCCCUGGUAUUCGCAUUCCCUCUCCCUCGAGCACCCACCACCUCCCCGCGAAGAGCACUAUCGCUCCCUCCUCCUCACCAAUGACUCAUCACAACAAGCCAGAGACGAGUUAGGAGCUCUCCUCCCUCAUCUUCCCACGCCUAGAUCCCUAAAAGAUAUCUUAGAGGAGAUACGCAAUAAUUUGAGGGCUUUCCCGAAUGCACUCCUUGGCGAGGUGGGGCUGGAUAGGGCGUUUAGGAUACCGACGAGCAAAGAGGCUCACACCCUCGCCCUUCGAGGCAAACGUCUCACCUCUCUUGGCGUACCCAUUGGGCAUCAGUGUAAAGUGCUGCUGGCCCAAAUCGGCGUAGCGGUGGAAGAAGGACGCAGUAUAAGCUGUCAUAGCGUACGGGCUGGUGAAGCGACGGUAGAGCUAAUCAGGGAGUGUUGUAGAGUGUACAAUGGCGCUAAUCUGGAUCUUCACUCAUGCACCAUGAGCGCCGAGCAGCUCAAGGAGAUUCUCCGCCACCACCCCAACAUCUUCGUCUCCUUCUCCACGACCAUCAAUGCACGUCAAAAAGGUCUCAUCUCCCAGCUAGCAAUCGUUCCUCCUACACGACUCCUCGUAGAAUCCGAUUGGCAUUCCGCCGAGCAGCUAGCAGGAAGGAAUUGGGACGUGCUCAAAUUGGUAGCC